CGGUGUCACCUCUCCCCCUGCUUCCGGAGCACAGAACAGAUACACACCCAUUUACACACAUUUACCCACUUGUCGUCGUCUUCUUCUUCUUCAGAAAGCUGAAUUCAGGGGAAGCUGUGUCGCGAUGCGCGGCGCCGAUGCAUCGAUGGCGAGAGCUGAGAUGGUGAAGCAGCUUUGAGACGAGAGUGUGGAGGGUGUUUCGAAAUGGAUGUGGAUGCUUUUCGAUCCCAUGCGUUAACGACGGUCUUUGCCAGAGGAGGGUUUUAACCACCUUCGAUUCUACACCUUCUGUGACAUUUGACCUGAUUCGUGGAUUUGAAGAUAGAAAGUGUUGCAGCAGAAUUCAGAACCUAGUUAUAUUUGCUGGAGCAUAAAGCAGCCCGAGAGCGCAUGCAACGUUGCUGUCAACUCCUUGUGUGCUACAUAAUAAAUCGGAGAAGCACGAGGACGUGGAGUAAGUAGCAUUCGACUUGUGGAAGUUGUGCGUUGUUUGUGCCCCGGAGCCGCUGUUGUUGCAGGAGAGAGCGAGAGAGGAAAGGGGUGGAGCAGGGGGAUCGGAUUUCCAAAUGGCCAUGGCGAUUAAUCUGCACCAUACCCAUGCUCGAGGAUUAGCAGAACUACAACGAAGCUCCUCUCCUGAUCUUACCCGCGUGCUGCAGCAACGUGCAACUCCAGGUUGCUCUCCACAUUCGUUGCGAAAGAUCAGCACAUCAAUCCCAUCUAAAAAUUUCAGCCCACGUUUCCGAGAUUUGCAAAUCGUACCGCUUUGCCAUGCAUUAACUACUGGGUAGAUGUAGGAACAGUUGAAAUUUCAAAUGACCACAUAACUGAUGACAGCAUUCCAGUGCUCACGUUCCUUGAGGUGACAGAGCGUAUGCAGAGCUUGGCAACGACGCGGCCAACCACAUUUAGGGCCAUGUACUCGAGUGUAAUCGGUGGCAUAACCACUGAUACAGCAGCCAUGGUCAUUCCCAUUGAUGAUCACAUGGUACAUCGAGGGCAUGGAGUGUUCGACACGGCUAUCAUCUACAAUGGGUAUCUGUAUGAACUUGAUGAUCAUUUGGAUCGCAUUUUGAGGUCGGCAGAAAAAGCAAAGAUACAAUCGCCUUUUGACAGAGCAACCUUGAGAGAUAUACUUGUGCAAACUGUUGCUGCAUCAGGAUGUCGACGAGGUGCUCUACGCUAUUGGCUGUCCGCGGGUUUAGGUGGUUUUGCACUUUCCUCAAAGGAGUGCUUCAAGUCGACCUUCUAUGCGAUCGUAACAGAUAAUACAUAUCAAGGUCCAGAAGGGGUGAAGGUGAUGACCUCUACGAUUCCUAUUAAGCCUCCUUUUUUUGCCACUGUCAAGAGCGUCAAUUAUUUGCCCAAUGUACUUGCGCAGUUAGAGGCAGAAGAGAAGGGUUUAUACGCGGGGAUAUGGUUGGACAAUGAAGGCUUUAUAGCUGAAGGCCCCAACAUGAACGUUGCAAUUUUGGGCAGCGAUGGGGUGUUGCUGAUCCCUCCCUUUGACAAUGUACUGGCGGGAUGUACUGCCCGACGCAUGAUUGAGUUGGUAUCAAGGUUAAUAGACAACAAAUCGAUCCAAAACCUUAACGGUGUCAAGGUGCAGAUGAUAUCAGUAGAGGAAGCUAGAUCGGCUUCGGAAAUGAUGCUGAUUGGUAGCGGCGUACUUGUGAAGUCCAUCGUUGAGUGGGACGGCCAACCUGUUGGAACUGGAAAAGUAGGUCCACUCACUUUAGCUAUUCGGCAGGCAGUACAAAAUGAUCUGGAAGAUCUCACGACUGGGAAACUUGUUUCAGUGCCGUAUACAGAUGAGUUGUGAUAUGUUCUUAAUGGAUACUAUCUAUGUCGUUUUAUGAGCUUAAUACGUGUCUUCUUUUACUUCAGAACAUCAUGCUUCCAGCCUAGCUUAGGAAACAAAGCAUUGCAGUGCACCUCAAACUCAGAAACCAGACGCUGCUUAGAUGUUAACUUUCAUUCUAAAGUUUGCACUCGUAAUAAUGCGGAGUUUUAUUUUAUUUUACCCCUGAACAAUUCUGCUCUUUAGCAAUAAAGUUUCAUAUUGGGAUUGGUGUGUGAUCUAUACUUAUUCUUCA